AUGCACUCGACCUUCACGGGCAACUCCCGCCGAACCCGAAAUGUCAACCUGAGCGGCCAAAACCAGAACCCCUUUGCCAAUGUUUGGUCGCCGUCAGCCAGUUCUGGGGCUUCCAAGACAGUGUCAAACGCCCAAGCUGAGCGUCAACAGAGACAAUUAGAACGAGACCGCUUGAAGGCUGCGAGGAACAUCCAACGAACAUGGAGGAGCCACCACGUCAGAAGACAAUGCCGAGAUGUCUGGCGACAAGCUUUCGAUGACAUUUACCGUGCUGACAACCCGAACACUGCUGUCCAGAGAGUGCAUGCGGCUUUACCGCUGCUGCUUGCUGCCUUUCAGAGCAACCGACCCGAGGACGUGCAUCGGCUAGCUUCUAUAGCACGAGAUGUCAUGUCCCAGCAUGUACGCUCUUUAGUCCCAGCAUCAGAAAAUGAAUCAAGUAGAGAGCAAGAAGACCAUCGUCUGAGACGAUUGUCUGAGAUAACUGUCGAGGCCCUUGGGGCAACAACUAUGGAAACACUUCUUCAACCAGAAUCGAAACUCCUUGUCGAUCUCCUAGCCUACCUGGUCGCUGGACAACCUCAGUCUGUCAUGCAGGUUCUCUCCCAGUACUUCCGACUCCUAGCAACACUGGUGCGUGCUUCUGCCUCAGAUCAGCAGCAGCUCGAGAAGGUCCUGGCACUUGUGUUGGCUCCUUUAAACGAGCCCCCCCAGUAUGUUUCUGCCGAGGACGUCCGUCCAUUCACAACCCGCGCCUAUGAUGCAUUUGCUUUUGAUUUCCUCGCAGUAGGGGAUAUAGCCCCUCUACAACAGGAGAACAACCUUAUUGCGCAACGCAUCGACAUCGAUAAACUCUCAGGAGCCAUAAUCGAAGCAUACUCCGGGCCCCGGGCCGCCGCAGCAACGCCAGAUAGUUUACUUUGGCUUCUCGCCUACUUUAUAGACAUACAUCAGACGCAAAAGAGCACAUCUCACCACCUUGGCUCGUUGCAUGCCAUGCACCUUCAGCUGUCCAGUCUGGCUUCUCAGAUUCGAUUUCGAUUACCAUUGGCAAGCAACGGAACGUCACGAAACACUGAGCGAGCGAAUGAUGGCACAGAGUCCAUGCUCCGGCCACUGCCGCCUUAUGUUUCGACCAAGCUUACCUCCUGCGUGGAUCGAGCCGGUAUUACUGAUAUCUUGUCGGAUCUGGCCAGCACUCUCGCCCCUGAGUCAAACGCAACUUCUGCUUCCCCUAAUAACAAAAGCUUCCAGGGUGCAAGCCUCUUGGCAGGCUACAUUGUCACGCUUCUGCGGUGCUUUCCGACGUUCGCUGAUGACAUUCGGAUGCGCCUGUUUUUGGGAGAUAUUCCCUCAACAGGCGGAAAUAUCCCCGUCAUCAAGUACCUUUGGAAAACAAUGAGCCAGACAUCGCUCUUUGAGCGCAUCUGCCAUGAUAAAGGAUCCGCUCACGCAGUCGGUUCGAUCCCUUCCUUGAUUAAAAGAUACCUGUCAAAGUCGGGGACUCAAGAAUACUCGGCCCUUGAGGAACAAGAGUGGAGAUUGACUUUGCUUUUCCUUGAACUCUACACUUUCAUAUUGCGCCUCAGCGAUGACGACGACUUCUUCAGCGGCAUUUGGCCAAGGAUCAUCGAGAAUGACGAGCCGCAGACUCGGCUCCGAGCAUGCAGCCUCACCCUAGAAGACAUCAAAAACUUGACAUUGUUCCUCAAGAACUUGGCAUUUGCCCUGCAUUAUUACACCAACGAGAUCCUUCAGGAUCUUGCUCCAAGCCUCGCCUCAUCCAACGGAUUGGAUUCAUUCUUUGGCUUCGUUGAAGGUCAGAAAGCCUCUACCAAGGGGAGACGCACAUCCCUAGGUCCAAAGGGCCUAUCCUUCGACAAGCCUGAUCUAGCAGGAUUGAGGGCUAUCGUGACGUCAACGUUGCGCAUGCUCUACGAACGGGACUCUCGACGUCCGUUUUUACCCCGGGACCACUGGCUCAUGACCUCCAAAUUUGACAUGGAAAAGUUUGCGUCGAGCGUGGUGCGGGAACACGACCGCCAACAAGAAGAGCUGGCCAACUUGUCAGAGGACGAGGAUCAAGACGAGGAAGACGACAUGGAUGAUGACGUGGAGAUGGAAAAUGGCGUGCAUACGUUCGCCGGUCAGCGCUUGUCACAGCACGCGCAAAUAGAGAACAUUCGAGCUCGUCAGAGACGAGCCCAGAAAGCUCGCAUGCUAUCCGUCAUCGGACCCAAACUAGAGAUCCUGCGGCACAUGCCUUUUGUGAUCCCUUUCGAUGCCCGGGUCCACAUCUUCCGACAGUUCAUCUACCUCGAUCAACAAAAGAGGAGACAAGGCAUGGACGCCGAGCAGUGGCGGAUGACCAUGAUCAACAAUCCGCUCUUGCCCCAGAGAGGUCUGACCGGACGUCAUCGUGGAAGCAUCAAGAGAGGACAAGAAUUCGACGAUGCGUUUGAGCAGUUCUACGAACUAGGCGAAAGCCUCAAGGAGCCAGUCCAGAUUCAAUUCAUCGACAGCUUUGGCGAUGUCGAGGCAGGCAUCGACGGAGGAGGUGUCGCUAAGGAAUUUCUCCUCAGCGCCAUUAAUCAGGUGUUCAUGAAUCAGUCUGAAGACCGAUACUUUGUCGAAAAUAAUCAGAAGCUGUGGUAUCCGAACCCGAUCAUCUUCGACAAGUUCAGAGAAGAAGCCGAGGAGAUGGGCCUCCCUGAAGCUGAGAAGAAGGAUAUCCUGACCGGACUCUCACAGAGGUACGAGUUUCUGGGACGCCUCGUCGGUAAAUGCAUGUAUGAGGAUAUCCUCAUUGACGUCAACUUUGCCGGAUUCUUCCUACUCAAGUGGGCAGCUUCCGGUCUGACAGGCGAGGAGAGCUACCGGGGCAACGUGAACGACUUGCGUGACCUCGAUGCUAGCUUGUAUCAGGGUUUGGUGCAUCUCAAGAAUCUACCCGCUGACGAGGUGGAGUCCCUGAGCCUUGACUUUACAGUCGAUGAUCAGAUCUCGGCGGAUGGCGAGACGGUGCGCAGUCUGACAAGAGAGCUCAUUCCCGGCAGGGGUUCGACGCCCGUCACCAAGGACAACAGACUGCUCUACAUAUCGUACAUGGCGCGUCACCGACUCGUGGUGCAGCCCGCCCAGCAAACGAUGGCUUUCCUGCGCGGUCUACGCGCCAUCGUCGCGCCGACCUGGCUCUCCAUGUUCAACCAGACUGAGCUGCAGCGCCUCGUCGGCGGCGACUCGUCCGAGAUUAGCAUUGAUGAUCUGCGCGACAACACAAACUAUUCGGGACUCUACGUCAUCGGCGACGAUGGCGAGGAGCACCCGACGAUCCAGCUCUUCUGGAAGGUCGUGCGUGGGUUCACGGACGCCCAGCGACGCGAUCUGCUCAAGUACGUCACGUCGACGCCGCGUGCGCCGCUGCUGGGGUUCGGGUCGCUGAACCCGCUUUUCAGCAUUCGCGACGGCGGCACCGACGAGGCCCGGCUGCCGAGCGCCAGCACAUGCGUGAACCUGCUCAAGCUGCCGCGGUAUACGGACGAGGAGACGCUGCGGCGCAAGUUGGUCCUCGCGAUUUCAUCGGGCGCUGGGUUCGACCUGAGCUGA